GGACACUCUUAUGGUCAAUGGUCAAUAAUGUAAUACUGUAUAUAGUAAGACAUGAAAAUAAGACUUUUUCUAUCACCACCACAAAACCUCCGACUCAGAUACAAACGCAAGAUCUGCCCUUUCCUGAUUACCAUGGCAGAAUCAUUUCUCUUCGAUGUUGCCAAUUCACUACUUGGGAAGGUUGCUUCUUUUGCUUGUCAAGAAGCUUCUCUGGCCUAUGGUGCGAAAGACGAUCUAGAACGUUUCAGAGAAUCUUUGUUAAUUGUCAGAGGUUAUCUACUGGAUGCUGAGUCCAGGAAAGACCAAAGUCACGCUUUACGUGAAUGGCUGAGGCAGAUCCAAAACAUUUGUUUUGAUGCUGAAGAUAUAUUUGAUAAAUUUGAGCUGCAAGACAAGAGGAAGCAAAUUGUCAAAUCCUCUGGAAGCAUCACAAACAAGGUAAGCCACUUGUUUUCUACAGAUAAUUCAAUUGUAUUCCGUCUUCGGAUGGGACAUCAAAUCAAAGAGAUUAGUCAAAAAUUGUUUAAGAAAGCAGCUGAAGGGAAAACGUAUGGACUUACAACUAUUCCCGAACUUGUUGUGCAAGAAAGAGAACUCACUUAUCCUGACGUUAAUGUUUCACGUGUAAUCGGAAGGGAUAAUGAUAAAGAUGAAAUUUUCAAGCUUUUGAAGCAACCUUUUCCUCAGGAUGGAAAUGAUGGUGAUAAAAGCAUGUGUGUCAUUCCCAUUGUGGGAAUGGGAGGAUUAGGGAAGACCACUCUUGCAAAGUUGGUGUUCAAUGAUGACACAGUGGAUCAGCUUUUCCAAUUGAAGAUGUGGGUAUGUGUCUCUCUUAAUUUUGACAUCAAGCAGAUAAUCAUUAAUAUCAUCAACUCUGCCAGUACUGCAGAUUCUAAAGCAGCUUCAGCUCCAUUGCCCCGUCUCGCUCCUCAAGAGAACAUUGACAGCUUAGACAUUGUGCAGCUAGUAAGUCGUUUGAAACAAAAACUUUCUGGUCAAAAGUUUUUACUUGUGUUAGAUGACAUAUGGAACGAAGAUCGUCAAAAGUGGAUUGAGUUGGAAGAUUUGAUCAAAGUUGGCGCACCAGGAAGUAAAAUUAUGGUCACAACACGUAGUACAUCAAUUGCUUCUAUGAUGGGUAAUGUUUCCUCAUAUGAAUUAAAAGGUCUUUCUUCAGAGGAAUGUUUAUCUCUAUUUGUCAAAUGUGCAUUCAAGGAAGGUGAAGAAAAAAGAUAUCUGAAUCUAGUGGAGAUCGCAAAAGAAAUUGUGAAAAAAUGUCACGGGGUUCCACUAGCUGUUAAAACAUUAGGAAGUUCUCUUUUCUCAAACUUUGAUAUAAAUAAGUGGGAAUUUAUUAGAGACUCUGAGAUAUGGAAUUUAGAACAAAAAAAGGAUGGUAUUUUACCUGCCCUUAAAGCAAGUUACGAUCAAAUGCCAUCCAUUCUAAAACAAUGUUUUGUUUAUUUUUCCCUUUAUCCCAAAGAUUAUAUCUUUAAUAGUCUUGUAAUGUGUGAUCUUUGGGUAGCCCUUGGAUUAGUUCAAUCCCGAAAUGGAAGAGAAAAGCUAGAGCAUGUUGCACGAAAAUAUAUUGAUGAGUUACAUUCAAGAUCAUUUAUUCAGGUUGUCGAUGACUUUGACUUCUUUUGCGAGUUCAAAGUACAUCAUUUGAUACAAGAUCUUGCAUUGUAUGUUGCAGGAGACGAGUUUGUGGCGGUAAACUCACAAACUCGACAUAUACCUCAACAAGCAAGGCAUUUAUCAUUUGUUGUUGAAGAUAAGUCAUUUGGCCAUGCUUUGUUUCCAGAGUCUAGAAGUGUGAGAAGCAUACAAUUUCCCAUCUCAGGAAUGGGUCUUGAGAGUGAAAGUGUUCUGAAUACAUGGCUGUCAAAGUACAAAUACUUGCGUUAUUUACAUUUAACUGACUCUUCUUUUGAAACUGUGCCCAAAUCAAUUGCAAAAUUAGAGCACCUGCGUUGUCUCGAUCUUGCUAAUAAUCACAAAAUCAGAACACUACCAAAUUCAAUUUGUGAACUUCUAAAUUUGCAAGAAUUGUCGUUUAAUGGAUGCACAAAGCUUGAAAAGUUGCCCAAAGGAUUAGGAAAGUUGACUAGCCUCCGAAUUCUGAGUGUUACUACAAAACAAUCUACUCUACCAUAUUAUGAAUUCGCUAGCUUGAACAAUCUUCAAACUUUGGUUUUUCAGGAUUGUGUCAAUCUAAAGUUUUUGUUCGAACAACCACUCCCUUUUGUUGAAAAACUGUAUUGCAUAUUAUGUGAUAGCCUGGAGCGCUUACCUCUCAUUACUUUUCCUAAAUUACAGACGUUGGUUAUUGAUGGUUGUCAGAUGUUAAACUUGUCAUUGGAGAAUGAAAGCUCAAUCCAGAAGCUGACGAUGAAACAUUUGUAUCUCUCUGGUUUUCCAAAGCUUCUAACACUACCUCGAUGGAUUGUAUGUGCUGUGGACACUUUAGAGAUCUUUUAUAUUGAUAAUUUUCCUAAUCUUCAAAUGCUUCCCGAGUAUCUUACUACAAUGACUCGUCUUAAGAGGCUCUCUAUUGUUAGCUGUUCUCAAUUGUUGAGUCUUCCAACAAGUGGUUGGGAUCGCCUCACUGCACUUGAAUAUUUAACCAUAUUUGAUUGUCCUGAAUUGUACCGAAAAUGUCAGCCUCAUUCUGGUGAGUACUGGCCCAUGAUCUGUCAUAUGAAAAACAUUGACAUUCGAGAAUUGAAAAAGGAGGAGGAGGAGGAGGAAUAAAGCCAUCAUCAACCUUGUAAGUGACAAGAUAGAUAAUGAGAUUGGAGUGCAAAGGGGAUAUGCAGCUUGAAGUGGAAGACACAAAGAUCAGCAGAAUUAGAAAAUAGUUGUUUUAUUUUAGGUUAGUUCUAUGGUUCACAAAUGAGAUAUGUCUUGCAUAAUACACAAGUUAAUUUCUAACAUUUGAUCAAAUAAGAUUCUGAGAUUUAUUGAUCUAAUGGUAAAAAAAUAAACCUGUAUUAUGGUAUAAGACUGUCUUACUUGUGCAUAUUAGACAAAGUCUUUAUUGUAAUGUUUGAUGUAUCUUAAGAUUUCAAAAUAUUUAUUUUGUUUCAUGUUUGAUGUAUUUUAAGAUUUCAAAAUGUUGAUAUCUUUUAUGUUAUAUUUACAGUUCUCAAAAACAUACCUACGAAAACAUUUGUUCUGAUUUAACAGACCAAAGUUUUCUCCGUUCCAAUCAAUUCUUUCCUGCUGAAUCAAUGGAGGAAUGGUUUAUCUCCCCCAUGUUUUUAGAAAAAGGACUUAUUUUCUUCCUAAAAUAUUGGAUACAAUUGUAAAAUAAUAUGUUUCACUUAAGAACUAAAAAAGAUGAUGCUAUACUCAAUUUGAGUCUCUUUAAGUAAAACAUGUGUAUGAAAACUCAUAAUUUUUCAUUUGUUGAACCGAAAGUGAUUUAAAGUGGCAUGACAAACUUCUCAUUAGAGAAUAGAAAUGUUUCCAGCUGUAGAAGAGAUUAGUUUAAUGCUAUACAUUUGAUAUUAUACAAUAUUUCAUAUUCUCUGAUAAAUGAUUGAUAACCAAACCAGCAACGCAGGAAAGCAAAGCUUAUCUAUAUUC